ACAGCAGCAGCAUCAAUAUAGCGAAUUUCAGUAGGUUUAAUUGUUUAUAGCAAAAAUUAGUAUAAAGUGGAAGUGAUCUUAAAAUAUGUAAUUUGAAAUUUGAAAAGAAAAUUAAUAGUUAUGAUGUGCCGUAAAUCUUAUGUAUAGUUUUAUAACUUAAUACAAAGUUUAUAGUAUAGGAAUUCUGUAUUUUCAAGUGAAAACUUUAAAAAAGUAGGAAGAAAAGCCUAACAAAAUAGUUUUACCAAUUCUAAAUUCAUGUAUAUAUAUUAACAAUAAACUUAGUACAUAAAUUUGCUAUUUAUAUGUUUCAACAAGUGACAAUUUAUAACAAUGUAUUGAUCGUUUUAAUAUAUUUGGCGCAAAGACUAGGGAUAAACACUUCUAGCAAUAUAAAAUUGAAAUAUAUACUUUGCAGACGUUGGUUAAGUAGUAUAACUUUUCACCAUGGUCGGAAGAGAUAUCACACCUACGGAAAUUGGAAAGCAUGCCAAAUUAAUUAAAACGGCACAAGAGGAAAUGGCUUCAAUGGACGUUCUUGUUUGUGGCCGCUGUCUAAAUGUGUACCACUUUAUUGAAGACUUUGAUGAUCAUAAACAAAAACCUUGCCAAAAGGAGAACACCAACGUACGUGAAUGUAAUGACACUAAACCUAAAAUAUGGGCCUUUUUGCUGUGGAAAGCCACACAACUAAAUAAUAAUAAGGACUCAAAUACAGCGAGCCCCAAUUCUUGGGCACUUUAUCAAACAUGGGUGAAAAUGGAUGAAAGUCUGCGAGAAACAUGGAUUGUAGCCGGUAAAACAAUACAAUCUUUUGCGAAAGUAGGUCAAGGUGGUCUACAAGAAAUGCCAGUUAAAAUAACUAAAACUGUCGUAAACAACACUAAUGAAAGUGUUUCACCUGGCAGAAAGCUUUUAACGCAAACCAAGCCGCAAGUAGCUAAUUUGAAACCUCCAACGAAAAUUAUAGAUGGUAAUAAAGAUAUUGAAAAUGAUUCCACUCAUAGAGCAGUAACAUCUGCACAAAAAAUUGUUAAGAAACCAGUUACUAUACGCAGUGAUGCAGUAGGAGGGGUAACGCAAAAUAAGAUUCCCAUUGGUAAUACAACAAAACCUCUAAGUCGACGUGCAAAACGCACUGUUCCCAACUCUGAUGAGGUGAUUGAGGAAAAUGUGGAGAAAAUUGUUGCAAAACGUUUUAACCCGCGUCGAAAGAUGCAUGAAUAUUUAGUGAAAUGGGAGGCUCGAACUCAUGAACAAAAUACUUGGGAGCCAUCAUCACACUUAGAAAAUGUCCCUCACCUACUGGAGACAUUUGAAACACAAUUGGCGCGACAAAAAGAGACACGUGCAGCUUUACAAGCAAAGCAAGCUGCUUUGACAGCUGCAGGUAAAGCUGCUGCAACAGAUAAUAAAGCUGAAUCCGGUGUCACUAAUAAACACGGAAGUGGUAUAGGCAAAUUACAAAGUGUUAGUAGCAGUAACAAUGAUAAUGGCGAAAAUAAUAGGCCAGCAAGUGCGGACGUGUCAACAAGACCAUCUCGAACGUCUAAAACUAAAGCCAUGGAUCAGGUGAAACAGUGGGUCUCUGGAAGUAAUCAAAUUCCUUCAGGUGCAGCUUCUCCUAAUGGUAGUGAUGUCGCCGGAAGUUGUAAUAACUCUCAGGAUGGUGAAAGAGAGUGGUCUAUGAAUACUAGCAAUAGUUCGGCCGUCGGUGUAGGUGGUUUAAAGCGUAAACUAGAAGAUUCAGACUUUAAUGAUUCUAACGCAAGUGAUUUGCCUAGUACAACAGCAACAAUAGAAGACUUAGAAGAGGAUCUUAUUCCAUCACACACAGUAAAAAGAAUGAAGAAUGGCAAUGCUAUUUCAAUUGAGUCUAAAAUCGUAAAGGUAAAUGGUACAAGCAGCACACGUACUCCAACUACAAUUAGCGGUGAGUCGUUACCAGUUGGUCCGAAUUCAGCAGAGAUUAUUAUAACCCAAGAUGCAAAUGCUUCCGGUGUAGUAAAGAAGCCUGGCUUCAAUGGCACUAGCCGUAAUACAACACAAAAAAGUGAGGCCCAAAUACGUAUACUCUCGAAGGGAGAAUCGGCUGUAUCCAGCACAGGUAUAGUACGGGUUAGCGGUGGUAGUGAUAGCGGUAAUGAAUCCAAACCGGCAUCUUCCGUAACAGUAAAUCGAACACAAAUCCGCGUUGGAACUGGUGGUACUACCACAGUGGGCAAUACCCAAAUCAACACAAUUUCGCGCCAGCAACACAUCCAACGAACAUCGGGCGGAAGCACGCUACAACGAAAAACUAUUAUGAAUUCUAGUACAACACAACAGCAACGUGGUGGCACAUCAAUGCAUGUGCGCACCGGCAUAGCCAACACUACCAGCUCAUCUGUUCAACAACAUGCUUCCCCUACUUCUGGACGCAUGAUUAUACCGCGCCAGGGAAGUUCCGGACUUGUAAAUCGAACCACUGCUGCCAGUAGCACGAAAACUGUUACACCGGAACAGAAAAUACUGCAACUGUCCAAAUCGGGCGAUUUGAAAGUCACUAAGAAAGUAAUGACAAGAGAAGAUGCAAUUGCACAACGUCAGAACCUUAGACAACAACAGUCGCAAAUUCAGAUCCAGAAAGUACAACAGAUUACUCCGCCAACGGGUGGUGGACGUACGAGCCAAGUGAGCGCCGUUAGUGUACGUAAGCAACCGGACGGCACAUAUGCACACGAGGAGCAACACCAAGCACAAUUAUGUCCCAUAACAGGCAAAAUAUUGGGACAAGAUGACCAGGUGAUGUCGCAGCAGCAGCAAAAUCAAAGUGGAGUGAUGCAUACCCAAUUGAUGACGGGUGGUGAGCAGCAAUUGACUCUUCAACAAGAUCAUCAGCAACAGGCAUUGCAAGAUAUUGAUCCAGGAAUGCUUUUUUCAAGUGAUCAAAUGCUUACUAAUGAAGAUGGCACUCCACUAUUAGUGACUGGGGAAGACGGCACGGUGUAUCAGGUGGCCGGCAAGAAUGCCGAAGGAAAAACUAUCCUCGUAACGCAGGGUCCUGACGGAGAGCAGCAAUUUGCUUAUGUUGCUGCUGCCGAUGGUGAUGAAAAUCAAGUACUCACACUAGACAACGCUGUUGCAGAAGCAGUUGCACAGAACCCCAGCGAAUUACAACAAUCAGACUCCAUGUCUGAGCCCCAAUAUAUUGUCAAAACAACAAACGAAGAUGGCACUACCCAGGUAGUUACAAUGAGUGAGGCAGAAUUGCAACAACACCAAGCAUUAGCUGCAGCGCAACAGCAACAGCAAGCGGAUGUUGGCAGUGGAGGCGUUGCUGUUACCGCUAGUGGUAGCGGAGCUACCGGACAGCUUUGUAUACAAACAUCUGACGGUGCAGACGGGCAGGAAGCUAAUAUACCCGCUGAAGUAAUACAGGCUGGUAUGCCGUCUCCAGGAGGAACACGCCGUGUAGUGUUACUAUUGCAAGAUGGUACUUACAUGAUGACUGAGAUGCAUGAUGAUGAAUUCAAAGCAUUAAACAUCGCCGCGUAAAACAUGUAGCUGAAUAGGAUAUUUGACAAUUUUUGUAAUGCUGGCCCUCAUAUGUUGCACCAUAACACGGAGUGUGCACGACAUGACAUUACAUCGAGAAAAACAUUCUUGGAUACAUACGCAUCCAUUUUUUCACAUUAUUUGUAAUUAUAGAAGUUUAAACGAUAAAUAUCAUCGUUUCAUGUCUGCACUCUGCUUUAGCAAACCUAAGGUAGACCAAUAAUGAUAGAUUUAAUAUUUACUGCUAAACAUAAACAUAACCUAUGAAAAAUAUCGAUAAGCAUGCACAUAACGAAGCUGGGUUUACUUUAAAGUUUGUUAUAAUUUUUUCUUUAAGAACUUAGUAUAUUUAUAUCUCUAAUAUGUUUUUUAAAAGACAUCAAUGUAUUUUUAUUUCUUUGUGGAUUUAAUUCAUUCAAAAUGCCUCAUCCGUAUAAUGUAUUAAUUUUUGUAAAUUAUUCAAAUACAUUGUCGGUUCUCUUGAGAUGUGCAUGUAAAAGAUCCAAUAUUCAUUGAUAUCAAUAAUUAUCACAGCUAUCGGCAAAUAAUCCGUUAUAUACGUAUUAUAAUAAAAAAAGACCCAAGUUGUCAAUACACAAAAAUAAAGAACUUAAUUUUGAGCAAGUA